CGAUAUGGAUUUUUAAUUAUUGAAAAUUAUAUUAAAUUAGAAAAUAAUGAAGCUCUUGAAGAUCCAUCUGAGAUAUUACCCUCCGGGGAUUGUUUUGGAGUAUACUCAGAAAGGGGAGACUAAAAAUAAGGAAAUUGAUCUACUUGAACUUGAUGCCAAUUGUGACACAAAGGAACUUGCCAAUGAGCUACUGGCCAAGGAGAAGCUGUUAACAGAAGACGUCAAAGAAGACCUGGAGCAAGUCCUAGAGACGCUGAAGAAAAGAAUCGAGCAUGAAGGCCCUUCCGGAAAACGCUUCUACAUAUACAAGACUCUUCUUACCCAUUGCCUGCCAGUUACAAAUGUUGCUUUUGAUAAAAGUGGAAAGAGAUGCCUAACCGGUAGUUACGACAGGACCUGUAAGGUAUGGGAUGUGGAACAGGGUCAGGAGCUGAAGACUUUAUCUGGCCACCAGAACGUUGUAUAUACAGUCGCCUUCAACUUCCCUUUAUGCAACAGAGUAAUAACGAGCUCGUUCGACAAGUCGGCUAAGAUCUGGGACCCGGAGUCAGGCGAGUGCCUGGCCACGCUGUGGGGUCACACCGGUGAAGUCGUAACUGCGCAGUUUAACGUGAAAUGCGACUACGCUGCUACUGGGUCCAUGGAUAACACUGCCAAACUGUAUGAUGUUAACACUGAGAGCGGGUGCGGGUCGGGCACGAGUCGGGUGUGUUUCAGCCCCGCCGGAGGAAGUCUUCUCACAGCGUCAGCUGACAGGAGUGCUAGGAUCUGGAAUACCACUACUGGCAAUUGCAUUCAGGUGCUCUCGGGUCACGGCGGUGAGAUAUUCUCAUGUGCGUACUCCUAUGCGGGUGACGCAAUCAUCACCGCUUCCAAGGACAAUACCUGCCGAAUCUGGAGGUGAUUCGACUGGUGGCUGCAGAUGCAGGACUCGCAGGACAGCUUGUAAACUGCUUGUGCCUGAUGUUAAUUAUCCACCAAACCGAAGAGAAGAUAUCUAUUUAACUGGUGUCAGCAUUUUCAUUAAGCGUAAAGGGCGCAAUAAAUAUAUAUACAGGUUGUCCCACGGCGGUCUGCGACACAGAAGGGCAGUAAAUCAAUACCUCCCAAGCACGUAAGUUGUUCUAAGUCGAAAUACCAUUUUGUGUUUUUUCAUUUAAAUAUAUUAUCCUUUUUUUAUUUAUAUUAGUUCCAUGUUUAAAAGUAAACAUAACA